AUGCCUUCUUCACGCCCCGCUCCAGAUCUGUCGCCCUCGGUUCGCCGCAACUUAUUCUCAGGUCACAUAUCACGACGGCCGGUGUCGGGCGACAUGGAUCAACAACCGCAUCAACCACCUCCGCAGCAGAGACAGGCGCAGCAGUCCCGCCGAAUGCAUCAACGCAGCGUAUCUACGCCGUCGCUAUCGCCGUCGCCGAGCCACUCAUCUCCUUUCAAUGCCAACAUCACCAACAACAAAAACUCCCCGCCGCCUCCCAAGGCCCUCUUCUCACAGUCGUUGCUGCCGUCCCCGCAGCCACACGCCUCGUUACAAGAUAGCUACGAUCCCACCAUAUCGCCGAACCGUCCUCUCUCUCCUCGCACCAGCGCUGCCGUCUUCCCUAACUCCUCGAUCGUGGCGGUGAACCCUCUCACCGGCCGUCCUGCCUUGCCUCACAUCCCCGUUCUCCCAGGACACUUGCGGCUCACAGAUUCCGAAGACGAAGCCCAGAUUGAAGACCUCUCGAGCCAACACCAACACCACCACCAUCACCAUCAGCAUAACCAUAACAUCGGGGGCCAGGGAGAUCCCUACACUGCUGCACACAUGCAAAACGGUGUCGGCGGCGGCGGUAGCGGCGCAGACUACACACAAAUCGACGAAGAAUACGAGGAGCGCGAGGCGUUUGAGCGAGAUCUCAGAGACAGGCUAGCACGGCACCGCGCACGGCUGCAGCGGAAAGCUGCCCACGCUGCAUCGGUCUCGGUGUCGAACGGUCAGCAUGUCCAUACACAUUCGCAUUCGCGGCUCGGCCGCCGUACGCAUAGGACGAAACUCCGCGGCGAUGGCGACGACGACAGUCCAGACAUGGAGAUUGGUUCGGGAGGGUACCACCACUACCACCAUGACCAAGCCGAGCGCGGUGCACCAGUAGCGUACGAUGCAGUCCGAGACCGCGACCGGGACGAAGAAGACGAUGACGACCAAGCGGCGGAAAAGGGGGCGUUGCUCAGCAUGCUUCUGUCGAAGCUACGCGACGAGGUGGCCAGGGCUGAGGACGAAUCUUGGAUGUUUGGCGAUGCCGGCGCAUUUCGCACGGGAAUCGACGACGCCGGCUAUGAAUGA